AUGAGCUACCAGACUACUGAACCCCGUGAACGAAAUACAUGCGAGACCUACAAGGAAAUAAUAAAUACCAGCAAGCAAAAUUCACCUGAAAAUUAUAUAUUUGAGGGAACAAAGCUGGAUAUAUCAAAAGUACUCUUAAACAGAUCGGUCAUCACAGUAUCAAACACAGACAGAGGAAUAAGCAUGAACUAUACAAUGAAAAGCCCCUCUAAGCUCUUUUCAGCCUCCCUUUUUGGAGAUGGAUCUGCCCUAGGAAAAAUAAUCCCUGCAAAGGAGGAAGGCCUGUCUCUUACGUGCAUGCGGGGGGCUGCCAAUAACUAUUUUGACAUUGGAUAUACUAAGCUGUUUAAAAGAUGGUCGGUCAGCCUUUCGGCAAUAAAUCCAGAUGUAGAGCUUUCUAAGGCUGAUUUCUGUACAAAGCAGAUAAGCCCAUCUGGAAUGCUUAAGGGUCUUAAAGAGAAAUGGAAAGCAAACACUCUCUCUCAACUGUUAAGCAUAUCGCCACAGAAGAUAAAUAUUUCUGAAAAACUACACAGUGGAUUGUUAGAGGCGCAUCGCAGAGUAAAUGGUGGAAUAUUCACUAUAAGUUCAGUUUUGAAACUGUCUCCAACCCUGCACAUAGGACAGGAAACUAUUUUGUCUGUCUCUAAAAGCGGCAUAGCACCAGAGAGUGAGUCAUCUGCAACAUUCUCCUCUUUAAUACAGAAGUAUUCUAAAGAAAUUGCAUCUACAUGCAUAAUAAGCAAAGUAUUUGACUCUUGGAGAGUGCUAGGUAUAUAUCACACAGCAGGCCCGGCAGGUGCUUUAAUUGAGAAGAGCAUAGACGAGUCUCUAAGCCUGCACGGCGAGGCAUCUAUUGACUGGAGAAACAUCCUUAAGAACACAGAAAAAGUACCAAGUCUUCCUACAGUUCUGCAGUCAAUUGGCGGUGCUAUUGGAACUACUAUAUACAGCCCCGGUGCAACUACUCGUGUAACAGCAAGUAGUAAUGGAGCUGUCUCUGUUUCCUCUGAUAUUACCAUUGGUGAUGGAGCCUCUUUAAACCUAAGUGGGCAGGUCUCCUCAAAUGGACCUCUCCUAGGAAUUGGGUUCACUUUUUCCAGCUAACUGCCUAACACAUAAAAAUGUUUAAUAGUCUGCCAUCCAUCAGUACCACU